UCCAUGGAGUGACGGAGUCAUGAUCGGAGGUAUAAGUAUGCCUUUCUUCCAUUUCCUUGUGUUGAGCUUGCUUCCAGCACUGUGUCACCAUGUCUGUUUUCUCACGUAUAUGCUUGGCUGCUGCCAUCUGUUCUCAGGCUGUAUCAGCGGGUCCCAAGUAUCCCAGGGCUGAGAAUGUCCCCCGAGCUUACGGCAACUCAAGUGCGGUAUCUCUCGAUAUUCUCACGAAGACUGGGGUCCGAAAUGCCACAGCUCCCGAUCUCUAUGGCUGGAUGUUUGAGGAUAUCAACCAUUCUGGUGAUGGUGGUCUUUAUGGAGAGUUGCUGACCAACAGAGCCUUCGAUGGGUCAAAUAUUGGAUGGGGAACAAUUCCGGGCUUUACAGGACCAAGCAUCACAUACCAGGAAAACACUUGUGAAGCAACAGGUCCUGUCAUCACGGGUUACAAACCACUAGGAGGAACACAAAUUCGCCUCGAUGCCUUCCACCCAUUGACAUAUUCGCACCGGACCGUGCUCGCAGUGGAUAUACCUACGACUCCGGGCUCAGAGCCUGUUGGGUUCGCCAACCUAGGCUGGUGGGGCAUUCCCGUCACACCACAGACAUACAACGUCUCUUUCUUCGUCUACCCAGAUCAAUUUAAGAAUCAGGCCAACUUGGCGACUGCCAUCACCAUUUCUUUGCAGUCGAACACUACUGGAGAAAUCUUUGCAUCGACAGUGAUCCCAGCACAAUCUUGGAACGUCGUGAACUACACUUUCAUCUCUACAGAGCUUGUCAGCAAUGUCUCUGCUCCAGAUUCCAAUAAUACUCUCGCCAUCACGUUCGAUCCUGCAGCUGCAGCAGGUCAGACAUACUACUUUGACCAGAUCAGUUUGUUUGGAGAAACAUUCAAGGGCUACCAGAAUGGUUUGCGAAAGGACUUGGCUCAGAACAUCUACGACUUGAAGCCAAAGUUUCUGAGAUGGCCAGGUGGAAACAAUAUUGAGGGCUUCUCGUUUCAAACAAGGUGGAAGUGGUGGGAGACGAUUGGACCUCUUGAGGAUAGAUGGCCAAGACCAGGAAAUUGGGAAUAUUACAAUACCAACGGCCUUGGCUUGAUGGAAUUUCUCGAAUGGACCGAAUCAAUGGAGAUGGAGAAUGUCCUUGCCAUUUACAGUGGUUAUUCUCUUGGAGAUUCUGAUGAAGGCGAUGCUAAUGAAUACCCCUCGUCCGAUGCCGCCCUGUACCCACUGCUGAAGGAAGCCCUGGACGAACUUGAGUUCUGCAUGGGCUUGACAGACACUUACUGGGGCGGAAAGCGUGCAGAAUAUGGCCACCCAGAACCCUUCAAUAUCAAAUAUGUCGAGAUUGGCAACGAAGAUUGGUUCGGCCAGAAUUACCCAUUCCGAUUCAAGUAUCUCUACGAUGGAUUGAAAGCUGCGUAUCCAGACAUCAUUUACAUCAGCACGGCGUACAACGAAAAUGCGGACUACACGAUUGACAUUCCAGAGGGAGCCAUGUGGGACACGCAUCACUAUGAGCCUCCUGCGUUUUUCAUCGACGGAUUCGACUUUUACGAUAACUGGCAGGAAUCGACCAACAACACCAACGUCACUGUUUUCAUUGGAGAAUAUUCUGUGUUCCAAAUCGAUACUCCUUCCGAAGUGGACAACUUCUCGGAUCCUUCAGACAUUCACAUCUUCUAUCCUCGUCUUCUUUCGGCCAUCGCAGAGGGUGUAUACUUACUUGGUGCGGAAAGGAAUCCAAAUGUCGUCAAGCUGAGUUCCUAUGCACCAAGCUUACAGAACUGGAAUUGGUAUAACUGGACACCGAAUCUGGUUGCAUUUGAUGCCAAUCCCUUACAUACAGUGUUGAGUGUUAGCUACUACCUUCAGAAGCUGUUUAAUGAGUAUCGUGGGACAGAAUCUGUGGAAGUGACGAAUUCCGAGGGAGACUUUGGACCAUUGUACUGGGCGUCGUCCGUAGAUGGUGGUGAGAGCGUCUUUUUGAAGGUCAUAAAUGUUAAUGCGACAACCGUUCCUCUGAACGUUGCGAUCGAAUCUAAGUGGACAUCGGUCAAUGGAUCUAUCAUGACGAAUGCCGAUCCAAAUGGAUUCAAUUACAAGAACAAUGCGACCGCAAUUACUCCACAGCCACUGAACCUCACUUCGACGAAGCCUGCUUCAGAUGGUAGUUGGAUUUGGGAUGUCCCAGGAUAUUCGAUUACAGUUCUGCAGUUCAAUUUGUAGAUAGCGAUGAAUCACUGUAAAGAG